AUGCCUACUCGUUUUCACAAGACCAGGAAGCACCGUGGAAACGUUUCGGCCGGUCACGGUCGUAUUGGCAAGCACCGCAAGCACCCAGGUGGUCGUGGUCUUGCCGGUGGUUUCCACCACCACCGUACCAACUUCGACAAGUACCACCCAGGUUACUUCGGUAAGGUCGGUAUGCGUCACUUCCACCUCCUGCGCAACCCGCAGCACAAGCCAAUUAUCAACCUGGACAAGAUCUGGACGCUGGUUCCUGCCGAGGUCCGUCGCAACACGACGUCUUCGUCCACGGAAGUCCCAGUCAUUGACACGCUCGCGGCCGGCUUCGGCAAGGUGCUUGGCAAGGGCCGUCUCCCUGAAGUCCCUAUGAUUGUCAAGGCCCGCUGGGUCUCUUCUCUGGCUGAGAAGAAGAUUAAGCAAGCGGGUGGUGUUGUCAAGUUGGUUGCGUAA